CUCCGCGCGGCGCAGACGGGAAGCAGUGCUAGCGGAUCCGCCGACGCGCCGCCAUGCCCUCCGCCAGUAAGUCGUGGCUGCUGCUCUGCGGCUUCGUGCUCUUCUACAUCAUCUACCUGCUGUUCGGGGCGCUGGUUUUCUCCAGCAUCGAGCGGCCGGCGGAGGACGAGCUGCGCCGGGACACGCAGCGGCUGAAGGAAGCCUUUCUGAACCAGAGCUGCGUCAGCGCCGCGACCCUGGAGCUGUUCCUCAGCAGAGUCCUGGCCGCCAACAAGCACGGCGUGUCCGUCCUCAGGAACUCCUCCGGCAGGUCCAACUGGGACCUGGCGUCCUCCAUGUUCUUCGCAAACACUCUGGUCACCACUGUAGGUUACGGCCACCCCACCCCCCUGUCUGACGCUGGGAAAGCGUUCUCCAUCGUCUACGCGCUGCUAGGCGUUCCCUUCACCAUGCUGGUGCUGACCGCCUGCGUCCAGAGGAUCAUGCAGCCUCUGGUCCUCGCCCCGGUCGGCCUCCUGCAGCGCUCCGGCCUCAAGCCGCGGCCGGCCACCGUCGUCCACUUCCUGCUGCUCCUGGCGGCGGUGGUGCUGUGCUGCCUCCUGGCGCCGGCCGCCGUGUUCAGCGCGCUGGAGGCGUCCUGGACGUUCCUGGACAGCGUCUACUUCUGCUUCAUAUCGCUGUGCACCAUCGGGCUGGGGGACUUCGUCCCGGCGGCGCGGCCCGGCCAGCCUUACAGAGCUCUGUACCAGGUGGCCGUCAUGGUCUACCUGUUCAUUGGUCUGAUGAUGAUGUACCUCCUACUGCGGACCUUCCACAAGAUGGCCGACGUCCACGGCCUGACCACGUUCUUCCAGCUGCCGCGCUGCGAGGCGUCUCUGCUGGCCGACGACACGGAGCCCAUCGUCGGCAACGACCCGACUCCGCCUCGCCCGAAAGACAAGGCCGCCACCAAACCUCUGGAUCCGGGAUCCCAACCGUCGUACAACUCCAUCAACAAAGGCUGAGGCUCCGGCGCCGGCGGGGGGGGAAAGGAUUUACCUCUGGAGAGCCGCUGGGCUGAAUCUGAACUCUUGUUUUAAUUUCAUUCCAGAGGAAUUGACAUGAGCUUUAAGGUUCAGCCUGUUGGCGGAUAUAAAGUGUUAAAGCCAAAGUUGGAACAGAAAAACUUGGUAAAAAGCACAGGAAGCUGUUUAUACGUCUUAAACACUGGUGUUGAUGUUUACAGUCUCUAAAUGGGCACAAGACUUUUGUCGGUCUACAGCUUUUUAACUAAUUCACUUUAGUCCAUUUGUACAUUUUUGUUUUUGUGUCACAUGUUUGGAUUUCUAAUACAGAACUAAUGAGUAACAUUUUUAUUUUAGCAGAACGUAACAUAACGUACAUCCGGAUCUGCUCUCUGAAACUAAUGGCCGUCCGUUUGACUUGUGGAUUAUUAUUAAAUGAAUGUCAGAUUGCUUAACACGUCGCUGCUGCAUCAGGUCUUCAGUGAAGUCGGUCGGUUGCUUAGUAGAAAACUGACGACGUAUUGGGGUAUUGGGAUGGGGGUGAGAGGGAAUUUCUGCCAAAAAAAUAUAAAAUUUUGAGAUUAAUCUCUGAAUUUUUUUUAGAAAAACUUGGACAUUUGUGAGAAGGAACUCAUUUUGAAACUAUUUUUUUGAGAAAUUUGUAAAUUUGAGUUUCUAAAGUUUAAAUUUUUCUGAGAUCUCAAAAUUUGAGUUAUUCUAACAAAAGAUCAACUUAAGCUCAGAAAUGUUCAAAUUUUACUUUUGAGAUUCAAAUGUCCACGUUUUUUUUUUUUUUUUUAGAAAGUUUGAGAUCUCAAAUGUUGUAACAAAUUCUUAAAAAUUAUUAAAUUAAGAAAAUUUUAUAUCAAUCUCAAAAUUUGGGUUAUUUUUGCCAGAAAUUAACUUUUUUUUUUUUUUUUUUUUUACAAUGGCCCCAGUACAUAGUGGUAGAAAACGGAAGGGGGCGCUGUUUGCGCCAGUAAAAGAGGCGUCCUGUCGUCUGCUGCCCCCUGGCGGUGUAAUUCGUCAUGUUUGUGGGAUUCUUUCAAAACUGGAGCAAAUGGUUUGAAAACAGGGAAUGAAGAGGCUGAACUCAUCCAUGGCUGGUUCUGUGUAAUUCAGUUUGAAGAAAUACUUGAAAUGCACUUUAAUUAGUGAAAUAAUGCAGAUGUUGCAGUUGUAGUGCUGAAAUAAUGACUUUUGUAACAAUUUAGCUAGUGCCUUAGUCAUAUUUAAAUAAAUAAGUUUUUCCUUAAGUCUGCUCCUGUCGUCUAGUCUGUUAGAUAUUUUAUGAAUUAACUUGAAAAUGAGGAUCCUUCUCAUGUUUUAGUAUCAGACUAACAUUAUUUGAUGCUUUAUUGUCUCGAUUGAACAGUUCUGCAGGACGGCGGACGCGUUACUGAAUCUGAUGCAGGGGAUUACGACAAGUUAUGUUUAAACUGCAGGUCUUGAUUCUCAAUUUUUUUAUUUUUGUAAUUUUUGCUUGACCAUUCAUACUGUUAUUAAAAUGGGAACACAAUAAGA